UCCUAGAACAAGACCAACAAGGAAAUCCUUUGAAUGCGGGCCACAACUUGAUGACUUCAUGGCACCCAACUUUAACAAAGCCAAUCAGAGAGCCCAUUUUUGUCCAAAAUGGCUGCCUACAAUUCUUAUGGGUAGCCUCCUGGAACAACCCUCUGUAUUCUUUUCUUUCUUCUUGUUUGUUGCUCCUUCCCCUUCCUGUAUUGCUCAGGAAAAAAAAAAAAGAAAAAAAAAAGGUACAAGUUUUCUGUAACUACUCACUGCGACAUUGCAAGUUAUAGAGAGGGAUGGGUAGCAUGACGAGUAAGCCAUGGCUCUUAUUUGUUCUGCUUCUAAUCCUCUCUUAUUGCACAGCAUGCUUCUCCGUAGCUGGUGAUACCCUUUCGGCAGGUCAGUCUCUUUCAGGGAACGACGCCUUAUUAUCUAAUGGUAGCAAGUUUGAGCUCGGUUUCUUCUCACCAGGCAGUUCAUUAAAAAACUACCUGGGCAUAUGGUAUAAAAAUUUUGAUGAGAAGAACCCUGUUUGGGUAGCAAAUAGAGAAAACCCCUUGUCUGACCGAUCUUCCUUAAGACUUAACCUCUCAGAAGAUGGCAAUCUACUCCUAUUUGGGAAUUCCUCCAACAUCCCAUUUUGGUCGACAAAUUUGACAUUUCGCGGGUCAAAUUUAACUGAAGCAAUACUUGGUGAUGAUGGGAAUUUUGUUUUGAGAGAUAGGUCGAACCCGUCUACUAUAUUUUGGGAAAGUUUCGACCAUCCAACCGAUACAUGGCUGUCAGGUGCAAAGCUUGGGAUUGAUAAGGUUACUGGAAAAGCAAAGCAGUUCAUCUCAUGGAAAAAUAAAGAAGAUCCAGCACCUGGUGUGUUCUCGUUUAGGCUAGACCCAAAUGGAAGCAAUCAAUAUUUCUUAGAGUGGAACAGAUCCCAAAUCUAUUGGAGUACUGGAGUUUGGAAUGACAAAACUCAAACCUUUGCCAAUGUUCCUGAGUUGACAUCGAAUGUUCUGGUCUUCAACUACAGUUUUGUGUCAAAUGAAACUGAAACAUAUUUUACUUAUUAUCUUUUUGAUCCUUCUUACCGUUCUAAAUUUGUGAUGGAGUCUACAGGAAAAAUCCAGCUAUUGGCAUGGCUGUCUGGCCCUUUGGAAUGGAAAUCAUUUUGGUCUCAACCGGCGGCCCAAUCUAAUGUCUAUGGUUUGUGUGGUGCAUUUGGCGUGUAUCGUGAUAAUAUCUCGAGCCCCUGUGAAUGUCUAAAAGGUUUUGAACCAUUUUCGAAGAACUACACCAGUUUAAAUGAUUGGUCAGGUGGCUGUGUGAGGAAAUCCCCUUUGCAAUGUGAAAACAAUACGUAUGCUAAUGGCAAAAAAGAUUGGUUCAGGAAGAUAACAUUCCCGAGAUUGCCCGUUAAUUCGAAAGCAUAUUCGGCAGCGAGUGCUAGGAAUUGUGAAGAGGCUUGCAUGAAUAGCUGUUCGUGCACAGCUUAUGCUUAUAAUAGCAGCGGGUACUGUGUGAUAUGGGAAGGAGCUCUUUUGAACUUACAGCAACUCUCAGAUGGUGGGGAGAUUAUGUAUCUCAGACUUGCUGCAAAUGAGCGUCAAAGUACCAAAGGCAAAAAAUGGAAAGUAUGGGUAGCUGUGCUAGUUCCAACAACAGGGCUUAUCUUAUGUCUCUUCAUUUGUUUUUCAAUCAAAGGAAAGCUGAAACCCGUAGGAGAGAAGGCUCCAAGCAAUAAUUUACUAUUAUUUGAUUUCAAUACGGGGCUCGAUGCAAUCAAUGAAGAAAUGAAUACCAACAGUAAUAUGAAGAAAAAAGAGAAGGAUUUUGAGUUACCUCUAUUCAGUUAUGAGAGCGUAUCAAUUGCAACUAAUAAUUUUUCAGCUGUAAAUAAGCUUGGAGAAGGAGGUUAUGGACCUGUUUACAAGGGGAAAUUACUUAGAGGGCAGGAAGUUGCAGUGAAGAUGCUUUCAAAAAGGUCUGGACAGGGAAAUGAGGAGUUCAGAAAUGAGAUAAUACUAAUUGCAAAACUUCAGCAUAGAAAUCUUGUCAGAAUCUUAGGUUGUUGUAUCGAGCGAGAUGAAAAAAUAUUAAUAUAUGAGUACAUGCCCAAUCAAAGUUUGGACGUCUACCUUUUUGAUCCAAUCAAGAACAAGAUGUUAGCUUGGGAGACACGUGUACACAUUAUUGAAGGGAUCGCUCAAGGGCUUCUUUAUCUUCAUCAAUAUUCAAGGUUACGAAUCAUACAUAGAGAUCUAAAACCGAGUAACAUUCUUUUGGAUAGUGAAAUGAAUCCAAAAAUAUCAGAUUUUGGCAUGGCCCGAAUAGUUGGAGGUAAUGACACAAAAGCAAACACAAAUCGAAUUGUUGGAACUUAUGGAUACAUGUCUCCGGAAUAUGCUAUAGAGGGUUUAUACUCGAUAAAGUCUGAUGUGUUUAGCUUUGGAGUACUGCUCCUAGAGAUUAUAAGUGGCAAGAAGAAUACUAGCUUCUAUAACCGUAGUUCACUCAAUCUUCUUAGAUAUGCUUGGGAGUUGUGGGUAGAUGAUCAGAGUUUGGAGUUGAUAAAUUCAACAAUUGGGUAUCCUUCUUCUAGUUCUCUUCCGUUGAGAUUCAUUAACAUUGGCCUUCUUUGUGUCCAAGAAAGCCCGACUGAUCGACCUACCAUGCCUGAUGUAGUCUCAAUGAUUAGAAAUGAACAUGCACCUCUACCUAAACCCAAGCAACCAGCGUUUACCACAGGCUGGAACAUGAUGGACACAAAUCCAACAAUUGACAGUGCAGGAAAUUGCUCAAAUAAUAGCGUAACUAUUUCAACACUGGAAGCCCGAUGAAAUGUCUCCUAUAUCAAAGGAAAGAAAUGUUGUAGAACCAAUCUUUUUGUUUGAUUUGUAUGCACGUUGAUAUAUAUGCUACAUAGCCUAUAUGUCACUAAAUGUUGUCCUCGUUCACUCAUAUCUUAGAACCAAUCUUAUUGAAGAUUUUGAACCAUAUCUCUAA